CAUCAAAAUGCGGCCCCUCUUAGUCAUCCUUCUCCCCACCGCCUUGGCCCUGCCUUCAUUUCCCUUUUCGGCCUCGGUUCAACGGCCUCUGCCUCUCCAGGCGACCACCUCCGAGAUAUCAUGUCCUCUUGCGCCAAAAAUAGACCCGGGUAGCGACGGGUUUCUAUCCUCGCUGCACUUUAUCCAAGACAAUGAGAUUCGGGAGCGACAGAUUGAGCGGCUCUCGCGUGCGGUGCGGGUCGAUACAAGUGUGGGCGAUUCGGUGACGGAUCCUGACGAUGAGGGGUUUGCGCCAUUCGUAACCUUUCAAGACCUUCUCCGUGAACUAUUCCCGUUGGUCCACUCCACCGCCCAACUGGAUCACAUAAACACCCACGCCCUCCUAUACACCCUCCCCGGCGCCUCCCCACACCUCCAACCGAUCCUCUUCCUCGCCCACCAAGACGUCGUUCCCAUCGACGACCCAACCGACUGGACAUACCCGCCCUUCUCCGGCCACUACGACGGAACCUACAUCUGGGGCCGCGGCGCCAGCGACUGCAAAAAUACGCUCAUCGGCCUCCUCUCCGCCUUCGAAGAUCUGCUCGCUCAAGGCUUUAGGCCAUCACGCACAGUUAUCUUUUCGUUUGGGUUCGAUGAGGAGUCGCACGGUUUCCUAGGCGCGGGGCAUUUAGCUCCCGAGCUGGAGAAGCGGUAUGGAAAGGAUAGUAUCGCGUUAAUCCUGGACGAGGGCGGAAACGGAGUACAAGUCCUCCCCGAUGACGAAGACGUUGUCUACGCGCUCCCUGCAGUCGGCGAGAAGGGUUCUCUCGAUCUCGUCCUUGAACUCGCCGUGCCCGGCGGCCAUAGUUCCAUCCCGCCCGCGCACACGGGAAUCGGAAUCAUAGCGGAUAUCAUUCAUACACUCGAACGCCAGGACUUGUUCAUCCCCGAGCUAAACGAGGACCAUCCUACACGGAAGACAUUGGAAUGCCAGGUCAUGCAUUCGCCGGAACACAUCGAGUCGUGGCUGGGACAUGCACUAUCGACAAAAGAUUACCGCAGCCUAGCUGAGAAACUAGGCGCGUCGCGCGGUGACAAUUUCCGCGUCACCCUGCAAACAACCCAAGCAACAGACAUCAUUCGCGGCGGUGUGAAAUCCAACGCGUUGCCGGAGAAAAUCUCCGCUGUGAUCAACUACCGUGUCGCGCUGCAUCAGACACCAGACACUGUUAUUUCUCGCGCGGUUGAUCUUAUUUCCCCGAUUGUCGAAAGAUACAAUCUCUCGUUCUCGCAUCCGUACUCGUCUGACGGAGGCGAAGAAACGAUCAACCAUCUCACGCUCAGGCCGCUUUCGUCCCCGCUCGUCCCCGCGCCGCUUAGUCCGACGGAUGUGUCCGCGGACCAGAUUUGGGCUCGGUUCUCGGGUGUUGCGCGCGCGGUGUUUGAGUCGGUUCCUGCUCUUAAGGGAAAGAAGGUUGUUGUCAGUGGGGAUGUGAUGACUGGGAACACGGAUACGCGGUUCUACUGGAAUCUGUCACGGAAUAUUUACCGCUGGAAUCCUAGUCGUGAGAGGUUCCUCAACAAUAUUCACACUGUUGAUGAGAAACAGUCCAUCGAUACUCAUCUUGAGGGUAUGAUGAUGUAUUACGAUUUGAUUCGCGCUUUCGACCAAUGGGACGAAACGGAUGAAUUUGCUCACGAACUGUGAUUGACUUUAUGAUACACGGACUCCAUGAUGAUAAACAAAUACUUGUAUAGCAACAGCCGUUCAAUCCUAUAUAUAACGACCCAUAUGGUCUUAACAAUGACCGUAAGGAUAACAUCCAACAAUAUUACACGAAUCUUACCACGUCUCCACACGCAAAGGAUAUCAUAACCAUAACCUAAUUCAAAAUUAACAAUGCAAAUGAGCCACCCAUGACGGGUCUAGCAAUAAAGGUGAUUCCGG